CUCUUUGAUUUCUUUCAAAACGUUCAAAAUUUCAUCAUCUGUUCCAAAAAAGAGAAAAGAUGAACCCUAACUGGGAAGAAUCGUUGAAUCACUUUGAAAGGGUAAUUGAUUCUGGUACUGAGUCCACGCGUAUAAAAGCAGUAAUCAAAUUGGCUAAACUGUCGAAUCAAGCCCCAGAAUGUAUACUUCGCCAAACCAUACCGAUUCUAAGUAAUCUUAUUGCUGAUGAUAGUUCUAAUUCGAGUCCUCGUCUUCAAGGGCCGGUUAUUCAUUGCUUAAAAUGCAUUGCUUGUCUAGGAGAUGGUAGAUUGGCCACCGAGAUAGGCCAAUCCGGUGCUCUACGUUCGAUCUUAAGGUUGUUGCCGCUAUCCGAUGCUAGUUUUCAAAGACUUUGUCUGAAAUGCAUUCGGUGCCUUGUGAAUUUGUGUGACAAGAAUCGUGCCGUUUUUGCUACAAAUGGUGGAUCGGAGAUUGUUGUUAAUAUGUUGAAUUCAUCAGUAGGUGGUGGUGUUAGACGGUACUUGUUGGAGAUUUUGAGUGCAUUGUCGUUGUUGAGAGUUGUAAGGAGGGGACUUAUUAGUUUAGGCGGUGUCAGAUUUCUUGUUGAGGCAGCUAGUUGUGGUCACAUGUUAUCUAGGGAAAGAGCUUGCCAAGCAAUCGGGUUACUCGGUGUUACGAGGCGUGCACGCCGUAUGCUCGUGGAUUUGGGUGUUAUAGAUGUUCUCGUGGAAAUGCUUCGAAUUGGAGAUCGUGCUGCGAAACUUGUGGCUGGCAAUUCCCUUGGUGUGAUUUCAGCUAAUAUUAAUAUCAUUGACCUGAUUGCUCAAGCCGGGGCUACUCCGUUGUAUGCUGAGCUCAUUCAAGGACCUGAACCACUCGGUCACGAGAUUGCGGAGGAUGUUUUCUGUGUAUUAGCUGUUGCAGAAGCAAAUGCAAUUUCAAUAGCUGAAAACUUGGUGAGAAUCCUUAGGGAAGGCAAUGCUGAAUCAAAAGCUGCAGCUGCAAAUGUUUUCUGGAAUCUUUCGGGUUACAAGCACUCAGUGUCCGUUGUCCGAAACUCGGGUGCAAUUCCCCUUCUGGUCGAGCUUUUGGGCUCUCAGAACACUGAAGUAAGAGAAGCUGUAUCCGGAGCUAUUGCUCAGUUGAGCUAUAAUCGGGAAGAUCGGGAGGCACUAAAUGAAUCAGGGGCUGUCCAUCGUCUGCUUGAAUUGUUCCAUGAUGACUCGGAGGAGCUGAGGGAUAAUGCUGCAGAGGCCCUUAUCAAUUUCUUUGAAGAUCCAUUGCAGCAUGAGGUUAUAUCUCAAGUAGCUGACCAUCCUUCAUUUCGGAGCAUGCAAAACAGACUCGGUAGAAUUCGUACUGCUUCCGAUGAUCGGACAGUUGGUUCAAUGAGUCGGAUGACUACUGAUACCGACUGAGCAACUCAAUAGAGAGGCCUGAAUCUAGUCUUGUCUCCAUGGAACAUUGUUCCAUUUUGGGAAUCAAGUAAACAGACAUAUACCUUAGAAACCCCAAACCAUAAAAAAGGUAUGAAAUCGAGUUAAAUGUGAUAGCUUUCGAAUGUUAAGUUUAACCAGAAUUUCAUCAAGUAAAUAGGCCAUUAUCCCCAGCACCAUUGACCCUUCAUUUUGUGAAAAUUUGUACAAUGUUGGUCUAUCUGUAUUGUUGUUUCAAUUCUCCCGUUUUACAAGUCUUUACCUCUUCUUAAGAAGCUGUAAGAAAUUGGAGAGGGAAAAUGGCAAAUGAGA